AUGAGAAACAAACAACCACAACAGCAGCAGCAACAACAACAAUCAAGAGUCAACAAUCAACAAUCAGCUUAUUUUACCUUUCUAACUUCUCUUGAACAUGAAUAUUACAACUAUUUCCGCCUAGACAUACAGACGGGUGAACUUGCUAGCACACGCCAAAUAGAUAGAGAUGAUAUAUGCACGUCAAAGACUAAGUGUGAGAUAGUCCUAGAUAAACAACAACAACAACAACAGGUGAUUAUAAACGUUGUUGAUUUGAACGAUAACGCCCCAUUCUUCGACAAAUCAGAAGUUCGAUUGAACAUUACCGAAUCAGAAAUCGUCGGCAAGAAGUUCUCUUUAGCUCGAUGUUACGACUACGACAGCCCUGCCAAUGGUGUCAAAGGGUUCUCUUUGCUCAACUGCUCGACCGACAGUUCGGUAUUUAGCCUUCAGUCGGUUUUCCCGACAAAGUUUCAACUAGUUACAUCGGAUGUAAUUGACCGAGAGAUCACACCGACUUAUGAGGUGAAGCUGUCGUGUGACGAUGGUGGUCAUCCGCCUCUCACUGGUCAAGUGACCAUCAAUAUAUCGGUCAACGACGAAAAUGAUAACAAACCGAUAUUCGAGAAUCGAAAUUUAUUUGCAAGAAUCCAAGAAAAUGCCAUUCCUGAAUCUGCAUUGUUCACCGUGCAAGCCAGCGACGCCGAUGAAGGAGAGAAUAGUCAGGUGAGUUACGGUCUGUCGGUAUUUGAGUACAGCUAUUCGAAUACCGGUAGAACCGGUUAUCGAAACUCGAAAGUUUUGUACUGUGGAGAUGAUGAUGACCCCCGCGACGAUGGUGAUGAUGUUAAUGGCGGGGUAGCUUCAAAUGAUUACAACAACAACAUCAACUACAUGAGUAACGCGUACGGCAAUCACAUCAACAACAACAUCAUCAACAACGACAACAUCAACAACGACAACAUCAACAACAACAACAACAUCAACAACAACGACAUCUUCGACAUUUCGUCACAUUUGACGAUAAAUGAAAAGACGGGUGCCGUAUUUGUCUCGAAAAGUUUCGAUCGGGAGAAAAUUGCCAAAUUAUGUUUUCUCAUAGUCGCGUACGAUCACGGAUUUCCGGUACAAUCUUCGUCCGUGGAAGCCAUUUUGGUUAUUGAUGACUUAGAUGACGAGCAUCCAACUUUUGAAAGCCAAAUUUAUCAGUUCAGCCUGUUGGAAAAUUUGAACCCUGGCGCAAGCGUUGGAAAGGUGACGGCUCAUGACGCAGAUAGCAACCCCCAAUUCAAUGGCUUCUACUACGCCAUGCCUCAGUCGUCACAUGACUUCCGGCUCGACCCGGAAACAGGAAAUAUAUCAUCUUUAAUAUCUUUCGACCGCGAAACGACGGAAGUUUACUUCUUUGACGUCACAGCCUGUACCAAAGAUACGAAUAAUUGCACGUCCAGCGCCCACGUGAUCGUAAACAUCGUUGAUGAUAAUGAUAACGCUCCUAGGCUUAUAUUUCCGGAUGAGUUUUCUAAUUUUAGUAUCUUUGUUCCGUGCUUCUUCCGGCAGGGAGACAAAGUUUCUAAAAUUAGAGCGCACGACGCCGACGACAUUGGACCAAAUUCCAAAAUAACUUACACAUCCCUAGACUUUAAACACUUUCGCCUCAAUGAUACUUCCGGUUUGAUGACCGCAACAAAAGAUAUUCUAGCGGAAGACGGCAGCAUUUUAGAUUAUCCGGUUCUAAUUCAAGAUGGCGGACGACCGAGUAAGAGCAUUCGAGUUAUGAUUAUGAUCAUUUUUAAUUCAUCAGCCUCAGCGUUUGUUGACGUGAAAGAAGAUGGUGGUGGUGAUGCUGAUGAUGAUGAGGCAUUGUUCGAGAGCAGGAGAGGACUGAGUAACAUGCACACCAUCAUCUUCAUCACCGUCCUGUCCACCAUCUUGUCCGCCAUUUUGAUCAUCGCCAUUUUGUUUCUAGCUAAAGGUCAGCCGUUUCCGGUUCAUUUCACUUCCGGCAUUGUUGAUGACGUCAACGGAAGAGCGGCCGCU